CCAGCUUCUCUGGGAGACUAGAAGUGUGACAUGGAUCAAACGUCAUGGGUAUUACUACCUGCGUCAUCCAAUAAUGAGCCCGGAUGAUAGAGAAGCAAGGCGGAAGGAUGCUAUAAAAGAUGUCUUCUGUCCGCCAUUCUGCCUGCCUCUCGGAAUUUAGAAACAACAGAUUCACAAGGUCUUCACUUCACAGUCCUACCAAAGCAACUCGUCAUUCCAAAUGUCUGACUCGGGCCGCAAAGAUUUCACCACCAAGGCUAAGGAGGAACUCACUCCUGACUCCAUGAAGUCCACCCAGGACAAGACCAAGGAGGCCGCUACGGAUACGACGGACCGCAUCGCUCGGGGAUUCCAGUCCGAUGAGGGCAAGUCGGGACCCCAGGAGGCGUUUGACAAGGGUCAGCGGGCUCACGAUAACCACGAGCAUGGCGGGGCUACCGAGUCUGUAGGCGAUAAGGUGAAGGGCGCUCUGGGCCUUGGGAAAUAAAUGGAUGCACAUACUUAUACUCCGCGGUCUUGUAUACAUUCUUCCCACUACUAUACUUCAACCAUAAUUGAGGAUUGAAUCCGC